AUUUCAGGAUUUUGAGGCUUCCUUUUCCGUUCAUGUGAGGAAUCUGAUUCUGAUAUCGAUAAAAACAAAAAAAAAAACACCUUCUCAUCAUUGGAUGCUAGAAAUACCAUCGCUAAAAAGACACUUUAUACAAAUUUCCACCAAAAGCACGCCCAACCCUCUGUCUUCUCACCAUCAAAACACUGAAACCUCAAACCAUCACAUCCUUCUGUUCCAACCACCUUCAACAAAGAAUAUUUCAAAAUGGCCCCCUCAACCACCACCUUCACCGCAACCUACACCAACUCCACAGACCUUUCUCCCUCCUUCACACUCACCAAGGAUGUCCCCACCACGACUUCAACCCAUUCUUCAACCUCUUCAUCAUCAUCAGAAGAAAUGACCACCUCCGACCGCGCCAAGUACCUCCACGAACUCCGGCAAAUCGCCGCCACCUUCCAAGACGACAUCAACCGGGAACUCACGCAGCGGAUGGAGGAGGACAACAAGCGGGCGGGUCAGAAUGGUGGCGGUGACCAGAGCAAGGGGAAGGAGGCAGAGGCCAAGGAGGAGGAGAACUAUGGCGAGGAGGUUGUUGAGGAGGAUGAGUGAGUGAUUUGGAACAGCGAUAAAGGGGAGAGCGCUAGGAAGAAGAGGGUAUAAGAGGGAAGAAGGAUCUCUUAUGCUGUGUAUGGUGGUAGUCCUUGGAUCUGUUGUUCCAUCCAUGAUAUUCUGGGGUUACACUUUAUCCGGCCCUUGCCUAUGUGAUGUGCUGUAUGCGGCUCAACACGAAUUGGUACGAGUGCAUGAAGAAAACGUACCGGACUAUGAGAGAAUUGGUCAUGAUCAUACUAGGGGCCGCUAUGCAUGAAAUCUACCCCUUUAGUCAACCUUCAUCACAAUAGAAAAUCCAGCAGGAAUAGAAGAAGAGAAAGCCCAAUUAGAUUUCCCUUCCCACUCCCGGAUCUGCGCCG